CGAGCACAGGCAGUAUUGUACUUAAAGCCCUGCGGUGGGAGCUUUCCCCAGUUCUUUCCUUUAUUGGUUUGCUGCAUAUCAACCGUUGCCAGCGCCCUACCGACCGCCUCGAAUGAUCAUGGAAGACAACAUGUAUUGUGACUCGUACGACUGCAACGCUGGCUGCGAGGAGCAGUUCGAGCCACAGGCGCUCGAGUUGCAGUCUUUCGAGCCCGAAUUUUUUUCGAGCGUGGCUCACUGGGACGAUUACGGCGUCGUUGGACCAUCGCUAUCCCCAGAGGAUCCACCCCAGACGGCCCCUCCGAGCGCUCUGCAAAGUCCGGAUCCCCCCGCCUCGUCAGCGAUGUACUGUGUGUCUACCGCAUUCAACGACAAGACCAGUCCCGCCUCCUCCCCAGCCCCCGACUUCCAGCUCGUCACGUCCGACGCGGUCCACUUCUUCGUCAACAGCAGCGUCCUCCAUCGCGCCUCAUGCAAUGACUUCGCAGGCACACUCCAGGAAGCUUCGGGCUCUCCUGACCCCAACGACGGGCAGCCGAUCCGCGUGUAUGUGGACGACAAUGGAGAUGUGCUGAAUAUGUUGCUGCACAUCGCCUACGGCGCGUCGCCAUCUAAGUUCAAGCUGUCCUUUGACACGCUGGCGGAUACUGUCCGACGCCUGUCCACGUACGGCAUGGACCCCACGUCCUACGUCGCCCCAGGCACCGUGCUCUUCGAGUCCCUGCGCCAGCAGGCUGCACUUGCCCCUCUCAAGGUGUACUGCCUCGCCGCCGCGCACGACCUCCUCGCGCUGGCGCAGGUGGCCUCCGCGUACCUGCUCUCCUUGCCCCUACAUCGUGUCCCGGACGAGAACGCCGCCGAGAUGGGCUCAGUGUACUUCAAGAAGUUGUUGAUGCUGCAUCACGGCCGGAUGGACAAAUUGAAGGAGCUGCUCCAGGUGCCGCCGACGUUUCACGCGGAGACGGGGGAGUGCAGUUUCGCGACGCAGAAGAUCCUGACGCGUGAGUGGUCGGCGACUGUGAACGAGAUUUUGGUGGAUGGCCAUCCAGGCAUCAUCGCUAGCGUACUGCAACAAAAACUUGGGAAGCUGAAAGAACACAUGGACUGCCCUCGUUGCAGCAACGCGAUAGAGGCAAGAGUCUGGCAAAUCGUCGUUGGAUGGACCAUGGUGAAUGCGACUGUCUAAACGCGAUCUGUUCCUAAUUUCUUUUUAGGUGUUUUAG